AUGUUGGUGCGUUAAUGAUGCCCUCUGCUUGUGCUGACACUGGCAUUUGUGCAGCUGCCAGCUUUCUGGGCUGCCAGUGCACAUUGCUUCUCAUCCACCAACAACCCCAGGUCCUUCUCCUCGGGGCUGCUCCGGAGGUGGGACAUCUUAAAUUAGAAUCCUUUUAUAGCUUCUGAAGUGCCCUCUGGGAAGGAGAGAGAGGCCAAGGCAAGCCAGCUUAUUUUUUGCAUCUUUAAAAAGUCCCUGAAGCAAGUGUUCAUCUCCUGUGUGGAAGCUUGAAAGCCUGGGGGGGUCUGGUUAUGACUUCUGUGCUGCUCCAGCUGUGCUCCCUGUUCCCACAACCCCUAUGAAGUGUGUGUGCGAGGUCUUUGAUUCGGUUUUGCUGUGCGCUGUGAGCAGAGCUGUGCCCUGUGGUGUGUCGCCCUUCCUUUGGGGUGGCUGGGGCUGUGGGUGUUGUGACUGGUGCAGCUUCGUCCCCCUCGUCCUUGGGGUGGGUGUUGGACUGUGGAGAUCUCCUGGCUGUGCGCGGUGCAUCCAAGCAGCGCACAGCCCUCAGGUGGGCUCAAGCGCCUUGUUACCAAAGGAAUAAAUCAUAAAGCAGAACUAAAUGCCAGCAAUCCCUACCCUUUUAUAGGGGAGGGGUGGGGGGAAACAUGCCUGUACAUAAUGUAAUGUUUCUGCCCCUCCCUUUGUGCUGUUAAUUCACUUUGAGCUGCUGCCCAGCGCUUUUAGCUGUGUCCUCCUGCCUUUACUGGAAUCCAUCUGUUCUGGCUGCCUUCUCUCUUUGCCCUUCCCGUCUGCACCCACGCUUGGCCGCCCCAGCGCACCUUGUUCCCCUCCACAGCCCCUGUGCCGAGUUUCCCAGGGCUCUGCCACAUGCUGCGUGACGAGGAAGCUUUAUUUCUGAGUGCAGGAGAUCGUUGUGUUUUUGUGUUGUGACCUUCGUGCUCCCAGGUGCAGGGAGCCAUGGCAGGAUCUAUGAUGCGCGUUGGUGACCAGCUCAUCCUGGAAGAAAAUUAUGAUGAGACAUACAUUCCCAGUGAGCAAGAAAUCCAGGAUUUUGCACGGGAGAUCGGGAUUGACCCUGAGAAGGAGCCGGAGCUGAUAUGGCUGGCCAGGGAAGGCAUCGUGGCCCCGUUACCACCCGAGUGGAAGCCCUGCCAAGAUAUCACUGGUGAUAUCUAUUACUUCAACUUUGCUAACGGCCAGUCCGUGUGGGACCACCCCUGUGACGACCACUACAGAGAGCUUGUCAUCCAGGAGCGAGAGAAACUGCUGGCACGUGGCGGCCUGAAGAAGAAAGAGAAGAAGAAGAAGAAAGAAAAGAAAGAGAAGAAAGAUAAGAAGGAGAAGCAGUCACUGAAGCGACCCACCGUCAGCAGACUAUGCCAGAUCUUACCUGAUGCGGAGAACGCUUUAGAAAAAGGCCCCUCUUCUAGCAGCCUUGAUGUAGACAUCGACCAGGACCAAUACACACCUUUAGAAAUGGGAGAAAAGCUUUGUCUUGACUCCUCUGACUCGCAGUCUGAUGAUUUAGAAGUUAGGCCACCAGUGCAACCGCUGCGUGUGUCAAAGCAAUCCUAUUCACAAGACUUUGAGAAAUUGAAAGCUCUACUAGAUGCCUCAGAACACAAAAUCCUGCUCUUUGAAGAUGAAGAACUGAAAGAAAAGUGGCAGAUGAAAGAUGUGAUGGGUGAGUGUGUCCAUAAGCCUGAUGAUCGCUUCUCAGUCAGAGAGAAGUCUACAGGACUGGAUGGAGAUGGGGGAAGAAGUCCAGGCGUAUUGCAAGCCAGAGAAAAAGAAAACUUCUACCACGGGAACAAUGAAGUGACUCUGCUGGAUGUCAGUCUCACAGAUGACUGGAGUUUGCAGGAGACAGCUGAUAUCCCAUACGCUCAAGAAGAGCUGAGAUCCCACAGCAAGGUAUCUGAGAGUAGAAGUAAGAGGAAAGCUCGAGAUGAGGCCUUGGGUCAAGCCGUCAGUCUGCACAAGAGCAAUGAGACCAUCAGCAGACCUGAGAGAGGGGGUUUAAAGCAGAUGGAGCUGCUGGACGUAGGAGCAGACAUAGAAGUAGACAGUAGCAAUGGUAUGCUAGAGAGCCGCUCUGCAGUCCCUCACGAGAUCACAGGUAUACUACCCUGCUUCCAAGGGGUAGAUGCAAAGAGAGGAGUCGAUGUGGAUCCUACAUCAAAACAUGUGUUUUCGUCUGCUAAAAAUGGCUGGAGAAGCGAGGAAGGAAGCGGUUUGAUAUCAGAGCAAGCUCCCAGAGUGUGGGGAGAGAAAGCCGCAGCAGACUUGCAGGCGGAGUGCCAGGGGAGCAAGAGUCUCUGUCAGCACGUGGAAGUGGAGAUGACCCAACCCAGAGAAACUGCGGGGAGGUGCGGCAAAGUAGAUGUUGGUGAAGGAGCAGGUGGGAAUGAGCCCUCAGGCACCCAGCUUGCCCCCGUCCAGCCGCCCCUGGGGACCCUCGCUCCGCUGCGUGGCCUCGCGGCGUCUCCGGCCGGCAUCCUUCGCGGGUCCCUGAACUCGGACCUGGGGAGCUCGGUGGACUCCAGCCUUGUGGCCAAAGGAGGAACGCAGCCUGCAGAGACCUGUAAGCCCAGCAGCCAGACCAAGACCUUGCUGGGCUUGGUCUGCGAAGAGAAGAGUUCCUUGAGCACAGCGGCUCUGGAUAAAGGGAGGAACGAAGAGGAAGAAAGCGAGAAUGAGAGUCUCCAUGGGACAGCAAGACUGUUCAAAAACCUGCACAUGGAUGUCAGCGCCCUGGGAGGCAGCUUUGGCUCGGAGGUGAACAGCAAAGCAGAGGAGGAAAGCUCUGGCAGCCGGUUAGCUGAUGUCGCUGAAGCGGAUCUCCAGCACCAAAGGAGUCCCGCGGAGGACGCUGGCAGCCUGAGAGAGAAGGAGUCUUUAAAAUCAAGACAUGCUGAAGAAAAGCCAGAUUCUUCCUUGGAUUCUGCUGCUGCGUGCCCUCCGACUCCAGUUCAAGUCCUUCCUGGAGAUGCUGACAGUAGCCUGUCUGGCCAGAACAAGGAGGAGUCCGGUGGCAAACUUGCUGGGAACGAACUACUGGGCAAGCAAGAUGCUGAGGUGGAAGGUGACAUCUCUGCAGCUGAUGAGCUGCCAGAGCCUCCGGAGGAAAGGAGCGCGGCAGGGACAGAUGUGCCCAGCAGUUCCAGGCAGCCUGGAGUUGCAUCUCCAGCUGCUGAAGCCGCUGAGGCCGAUCAGCUGGCAAGCCUGGCUGCCACCGUCGACACCGGGUCUGUUGGGGAAAAGAUAGCGACUGAAGUGAGGGAAGAAGCAGCAGCUGAUCUGAAAACAGACAGCAGGCUGGAUGCUGGCAAACUUUCGAAGGCAUCCGAGACCAGUGACUGUGGGGAGGACCUGCAGGUCUCUAACCGCUCGGACCGUGAGCUGAUUCGGCCUGUGGACCUGGGUUUCCGGAGUCAGCUUUCUGAGCAGGUACUGGAUGUGGGGGUUCUCUCUCCUGUUUUGGACGACCCCACGUGCAAGGCCCAGGAGCUGGGAGAAGAGGAAAAAGACCAAAGCAAAGCCAGUGUAGAGGAAGAGCAAAGCAAAAGAACAAAAGCCGCUGAGAGUGAGGGGGAUCAAAGUGCUUGUGAAACACCAGAAGAGAAGUGUUUUGCUUUAGAAAAUUCCAAUCGGGAGGAGGCCGUGGCCCGGGAGCCGGAGGAGGGGUCGCUGGAUAGCCUAAUCAAUCUGGAGGAGCUUGCUGCCCCACAGAAAGCGCAACCAGAGAAGGAAAUUGAACCCGAGCAGUCCUUGAAUGAGCCUACUGAAGAAUCCCUGGAGGAAAUAGCCAAGGAGCUGGAGACGGAGCUUGAGCAAGAGAAAAUGCAUUUAUUGCAAGCAAAGCAGGAGAAAAUCCAGCAAUUCCAGGAGGAGAUGAGACAGCAGGAGGAGGAAGCUGAGAAGCUUCAUCAUCAAAAAGAAAAAUCCCUCAGGACUCUAAAAGAAGACUUGGCGAAGGUUUCUGAGGAGGAAGAAUUGCGUGUCAGAAAGGAAGAAACGGAGAGACUCGCAAAGCUGCGAGCCAAAAUCACCUCAGAGACCGAGGCAGAGAAGGAGAAGAUAAGGGCAGAGCAAGAGGUUGUGCUGCAGAAGCUACGAGAAGAGUGGGAAUCCCAGCAGGUAAUGGAGAAGGAGAGCCUGGAGAGGCAGCAGCAGCUUGUUUUGGAGAAAAUGAAGCUGGAAAUGGAGGAAGCUCAGCAGAAAGAGAAGAUCGGGCUGGAACGAGAGAAGGAACAAUUCCUGAGUGAGCUCAAGGAGAGAUUAGACAGGGAAAAGAAGAAGGCAGCAGAAGAGCUAGAGAAACAGUUUGCAACUGAACUCCGGCAGCUGAAAUCUGCAGCGGAAGAGAAGCAUCGUAAGGUCAUUUCCAGCCUGCAGACCCAGCUAGCAGAGGCACAGAGGAGCGAGGAGGCUCAGCUUCAUGAAGACUUGCAGAGAGCAGAGCAGAAAGUGCAGCAAAAAGCGUAUCGAGUAACAGAAUAUGAGCGCGAGCUCAGCGAGCUUAUGCGAGAGAAACGCCAGGAAGUGGAAAAAGACCAUGAGAGGAAAAUGGAGAGGAUGAAAGAGGAGCACCAGGAGGUCCUGGUACGGAUUCGGGAUCAGUAUGAGGAGGAGGAGAGAAGGCAAAGAGCAGAGCUGUUGGAAGGCCUGCGAAGUGAGGUGGUGCGCCUCCGGCAGCUUCAUGAAGCGGAGGUGAAGGCUCUGCAGGCAGAGCUGGAUGAGCAGCUUGCCGCACUGCGGCACCGGCACAGGGAGAAGGAAAGAAAACUCCAGGACUCGGAAAACGAGCUUGAAAUGCGCAUGAAGAGCAUCAAAGCCAGAUCAGCGCAGCUUCUUAGCCAGGAGGAGUCUCUGAGAAAGAAAAGGCAGCAGCUGCUGGAUGAAGACAGACGGACUGAGCUAGAAAGAGACGAAGCUGCUGUAGCUUCUCAGCUCCGCCUAGAGGAGAAUAGGAAGGAGCAUGCCAGCCUCCUUGAGUCCACCCGGCAGCUGCGUAGGUCUCUUGAAGAGCUCCAGGACCAGAAGGCUGAGCUGGAGGCCCAGGUGGACUUGUUGCAGACCCGAAGCCAGAGGCUGCAGAAACGUAUCAGUGAGCUGGAGACAGCUGUCAGGAGCAAACAGGAGACUUUGAAAGAACUGGAGGCAGAAGAAAGUGUGGAAUCUCCAAGAAGGAAAGCUGAGCUCCAUGUUGAAGACCUGAGAGAAACUAUUCAAGCUCACUCGUCCAGAGAGGCCGCUUCCCCACCCUCUCAAAGCCAUGAGGACAGCAACUUCCAAUUUGAUCAUGUCAGGAGCUACAUCUCCGCGGAAGGGAUCUCCAUCAGGAACGCCAAGGAGUUCCUGGUGCGCCAGACCCGCUCCAUGAGGAAGAGGCACACGGCACUGAAAGCCGCAAAGCAGCAGUGGCGCCAAGAGAUGCAGAAAGCACAGGAGGUGGUGCAGGAUCCCGACAGCUCCCAGCUCCUGGAGGGUGUGCGCAAGAACCUGGAAGAGGAAGCAAAGCAGUUGGACAAGAUGAAGUCGGCUAUGCGGAAAGGACAGGUGCUGCUGAAGAAGAAAGAAGAGAAACUAAGCCAGCUGGAGUCCUCGCUGCUGGAGGAGCUUUCGGAUGAAGAUACGCUGAAGAGUGCUGCAUGCAAGAAGAUGGUGACCUUUGAUCUCAGCAACUCUGAGGACACAAACAGCACAUCCAGUGUAAACCUGUGUCAGCCUAAACCUGAUUUGAGAACCGAUUCACGGCCUGACCCCCAGCCGGACAAGAUCCAGUACUUGUCGGAGUCUCUGCGGCGUAUCACUAGUGAACUGAACGGGGUCCUCGGCAUCUUGGACUCUCUCAACAGUUGCCAGUCUCCACUCUUCAGCUCGACGCCCUGCGACGGCGUCCCUCUUUCUGCGUAUGCCUCCUUGGCAGGACUCCAGGCGGGUGGCUCUGUGGUGCCCCCCACCGGGGCGUCCCUGGUGAGCCCGUGGCCGUGGAACACCGGGCUGAGCGCUAGUCGCUCUUUCACGGCCGGACAGUCCGUGGACAGCAUCCUGGCGGAGAAAUGGCACAAGUAUUUCCCAGGUGGGUUCCCGUCGCUCAGGGAAAGUUCCAAGCCUCUGCACAACAAGCUGGGAUACGUACCUGCAGAUGAGCAAAUACGGCUGUUCCAGCAUUCCCAGUCCCACAGCCGUGAGUCAGACGGGAGGAGUAUCCAAGGAAUGAUUGAGACCAACAAGAAAUGGCUGGAAGACUUCAAGAGGGAUUCGCAAAUACCUCUCUUCCCAGGUGCACAGAAGCCCCCUGCCAGCAGCCCCAGCCUGCUUCAGCUGGGACUGGAUGAAAACAGGCAAAUUAAAGUGUACCAUUACUAAAAGGUGGGACUUGGCUCUGGAGAGACGGUGGCUGGGGCCUGCACGGUCUCCCUGGCAAUACUUUGGGUUUCAGCGAUGCCCAGUCGUCUCAGCUCUGCCUCUGUGCUGUGCCCUUGGAAUAAAGUCUCUUUACAAGCGACUGGAAGGAGGAGGAAGCGAACUUCCCAGGUGGAUUCUUCUAAUCCUGUAAUGUGUCCAAAUAUACUUUAUAGACUGUUUAAUCCGGUGGUGAAAUACCAGGGCUCCAAUAAAUCAACAGUGUUCUCAUUAGUAUUCUAGCAAUCGUGAGCCAGAGCUGUGAAUCAUGGAGGACUUUGAGUAACUGGUCAAGGGGGAGGACGUGAAUCCAGCUGAGACUUUGCUGGAGGAAAUGUGUCAGGAAAUGAGCCCGCACUGAUGCCCAGCAAAUGCUUAAUUGCAGGUGGGCAAGACAUCUGGCCUCUGCCGUGUGUGUGAGCAAGGGAGAACGAGCAGCAAAAUGGCUGUGGAGUCUGGGGACGGAGUCGGGGAGUGGCAGACUCUAUCGGGGAAUGUUCCUCUCGUUUGGGGUGGAAGCGAUAGGAUCCGAAGCAGGGGUAGCUUGUCAUGGCGGAUGUGGGAAAGCGCUCCCUGCUCCCUCGUUCUGCUCCCAGCCAGAGCUGCGCCGCAAAGCUGUGCUGCGGGAGCUCCGCUGCUGCCUUACGAACGCUCCGACGGCAACGAGGAGCCGCAUGGCGAGAGCGUGGGGUGGUGCCUGGUGCGGGCGCUGUUAAGGAACUCAGCCUAGUGUGAACGUCGAGACGAAGCCCCACCUGCGUCCCUCCGUGCCCUGGGGAGAGGGAGCGGAGCUCAGCUCAGCAGCUGGGGUCUCCCUCCAGCCGGCGGGGCUGGGGAGGCAGAGGGGAGCCCUGGCUGCCCGGCGCGGAGCCGGGCCUCGCCGCUCCUGCGGCAGCUCUGCUGAGCCCCGGGGACAGCGGGGCUCACCGGACCCCGGGGCUGGAGGCACGGCGGAGGUGCCGGGAUGCCCAGCGCUCAGACCUCGGCUCCGAGAUGGCUCGGCGCUCCGCUCAGCGGGUGGCUGCAGCAUGCUCCUCCGGAGACGCUGUAUCCAGAACACAUCACCGUCCCGCCGGGGCAGAUGGUGCUGCUCUAGCCAAGAGGGAGAAGUCGGGCUAGUCUGUCCUACUGCUGAGUGGGAAAUGUGGUAUUUGGUUGCCUUUGUUGGCGUUUCCUCCAAGCUGACUUUAAAUAUUUUACGCUUUAAAAAAAAGCUGAACCACUUGCCACUCUGUCUGAUGAAGAAGCCUGCAUUUCAAGGGUUCCCAUCUGUGAGAACUCGUCUUCAAAGCCGUUCUCUCUAGAGACAGCUGAUACGGGGAGGGUGGUGAAGCUGCUGCUCUGCACCCUUCCGCGCUGUUUGUCUGCUGGUGUGGCUAAUGGUGUGCGGCACAGUAAAGCAGAGCCCCCUGUGCCGGGUACUGGCACGACACCGCAACAGCUCACACUGUGAGCGUGGCAGGGAAUGUUUACGUGCAAAUGGAAAUAUAUUUUUGAUGAACAACAUUUUAAAACUCUUAAGAGUGUCUGGAUAUAUUUUUUGCUGACUUUUCUUAGACUUUUUUAAUUACUUGGCCAGCCUCUAUCCUUGGGCAGCCUGAUCCUCUGGUCAGGUCCCUGUUCUCCCACCUUCUGCUUGCUAACAAAUGCAGGGUGGUCCUUCUGCAGGCGCUGCCAGGAGAGAACGUCUCGCUGGCGCCCUUGCUGAGGCAAUCUCAGGUAGCUCUUACUGGCUCUGGCUGAGUGGGGAGACCCCAGAAAUCCAUAAGGAGGGGCAGCUGCCCAGGGCAGUCCCUCCGGAGGAUCGAAACGCGGGUUUCCCAUCUCCUGUCAGAUUGCACCAGUCCCUGGCUGUAGGGAAUUUGCUUUUAGCUUCCUGGCUGUUGGUGGGCGCCACGGAAGCCCUUCCCGUGCAGUAUUUUUGGAGGGACCCUACAGUUGUGGCUUUCAGUGGCGUGGGGAGGCUGCCAGCCUGGUGGCUGCUGUGCCCGAAGCCGCAUCGCUGAGUCCAGUCUGUGUGCGCAGAAGGGUGUGUUUGUAGUGUGGAGAAAUGCCUGUUUUCUUAGCAAUAACUUGGUCUGAAACAUGUUCCUCUUUCCCGUUUAAAACCUGUGAUAGCAGCUGUAUCUGGUUUUGUAUGUAAAUUAAAUCUACAUGAGCCUGGCUUUUA